AUGCAUAUAUAUUGUAAUAAGGGUAUUCGUAGAGGCUACAAUUCUUUUCUACCUUUGACUGUGUUCUGCUUGGUCAUCGCCGUUGCUUCAGCCGGCUACGGUCUUGGACUUGGAUACGGACUUGGCUACGGAGGCAUUGGAUACGGCGGAAUCGGAUACGGCGCGCUCGGACGUGGCUAUGGAAGUUACGGAAUUGGCAUUGGAGGUCUAGGCUACGGAGGCCUAGGCUACGGAGGCCUAGGCUACGGAGGCCUAGGCUACCGAGGCCUGGGCUACGGAGUCCUGGGCUACGGUGGCCUAAGCUACGGUGCCCUUGGCUACGGGGGUAUCGGUUUCGGCGGCGGCGGAUACGGCGGAGGUUUCAAGAAAGUGAUCGGCUACGGGUACGGAGGUGGACUGUAUGGUUGA